UGACAGUCUGUCUCCAUAAUUUUGCCGAUUCCUGUUACGGCAAUAACAAGCACAUAGAUGGAGUCAACUUUGACCACUUUCAAAUAUUGCGGGCUAUUGGGAAAGGGAGUUUUGGAAAGGUGUGCAUUGUACAGAAGAGAGACACCAAGAAAAUGUAUGCCAUGAAAUAUAUGAAUAAACAGAAAUGCAUUGAGAGAGAUGAAGUUCGAAAUGUUUUUCGAGAGCUACAGAUAAUGCAAGGCCUGGAGCAUCCCUUCCUAGUCAAUCUAUGGUAUUCCUUUCAAGAUGAAGAAGACAUGUUCAUGGUGGUUGAUCUCUUGCUCGGAGGCGAUCUACGUUACCAUUUGCAACAGAACGUCCAUUUCAACGAAGGAACAGUGAAGCUGUACAUUUGUGAGCUGGCGCUUUCCCUGGAUUAUUUGCAGAGGUACCACAUCAUUCACAGGUGA